AUGUCGUCGAGAUCCCCAUCGCCUCAUCACGGUGGGGGAUGGUCGAGUCCGGGGCUGAUGACACCGCAAGGCACGAGUGGACGGUCGAGUCCGAUGAGGGGAUACGCGAAUGGCGGAGCGCACGACGUUACAUGGGCCGCUGCUCAGGCACGGAGCGCAGAAGUCAAGGGAUACGGAGCCUUCGCGCCACGCAACAACAACUUCUUCAACAGACACCUGCGGACUUUAUCGCAAAGUCUACCAUCAUUCGCGCCCUCAUACGCUGAGAAAGACAAAUUUGGCCGAGGCCGGUGGGCGAGAUUCCAAAGGACACGGUUGGGACAAGGCUUGGCUAGGGUGGGAAGGAAAAUGUGGCGCUGGAGAAAACCGCUUUUCGUGGUCGCCGCGUUGCUUCUAUGCCUCCUGUUGUUUUAUGUCACUCCGCUAUAUCGACUAUGGCGCAGGACCUCAUUUCUCGGCGGAGGCAGCAAAUUUGUGAUUAUAUUAGCAGCCAAUCAAGGCGGGGGUGUCAUGGAGUGGAAGGGCCCUCGUGAAUGGGCAAUUGAGAGAGACAGCGUGAAGAACAAGAAGAAGUACGCAAGGAAUUGGGGCUACGAAUUGGAGAUUGUGGAUAUGAGCACCAAAAAGCGCUAUGCGCACGAAUGGCGAGAGAGCUGGGAAAAGGUGGACACGAUUCGCAAUACGAUGCGCAAAUACCCUCACGCAGAAUGGUUUUGGUGGUUAGAUCUCAACACCUUCGUAAUGGAACCAUCUUACUCCCUCCAAUCGCACAUCUUCAACAAUCUACAAAAGAAUACCUAUAGAGACAUCAAUGUUUUCAAUCCCCUCAACAUCAGUCACCCUCUUACAGGCGAACACCUCGAUCCAGAAACUAGGUCGGCCGUCGGUGAUGGAAAGCCAAGCUCUAUCAACCUGAUCGUGCCUCAAGACUGCAGUGGCUUCAACCUAGGAUCCUUCUUCGUUCGCCGAAGCGUGUGGACCGACCGCCUUUUAGACAUCUGGUGGGACCCCGUCGGGUACGAACAAAAACACAUGGAAUGGGAACACAAGGAGCAAGACUCGCUGGAGGCCAUGUACCGGAACCAGCCUUGGGUGCGUCCCCACGUCGCCUUCAUCAAGCAGCGGAAAGUCAACAGCUUCCCGCCCGGCGCCUGCGGCGAGCGAGGCGACGACCCAAUGAUCCACUACAAGGAGAAGGACCGAGAUUUCCUCGUCAACAUGGCCGGCUGCGAGUGGGGCCGCGACUGCUGGGGCGAGAUGUACCACUACCGCCAGCUGAGCAACCGCCUCAACCGCAAUCCGUGGGAGAAGUUCAAGGACGGCAUCAGCGAUGGCGUCAAGCACUUGCGCGAGGGCAAGAAAAAAGACAAGAAGGAUGACAACAAGAAGCAAUCAUAA